CUGCUUUUCCACUCCGACAGUAAAAAAAGUAGUCGGAACCUUAAAAAAAAGAAGUGAUGAGCAACCGUAUCGGAUUACUCGAUCUGGAGAAGCAUUUCGCCUUCUACGGAGCUUAUCACAGCAACCGCGUAAACAUAAUCAUCCACACACUAUUCGUAUGGCCUAACGUCUUCGCGACUCUCCUUUUCCUGUAUUCCACGCAACCGAUUCUAGAUCGCUCUUAUCUAGUGUUCAUCGAAGCGUUGACUUUUGACGGUGUUCUGCGCCUGGACAUUGGUUUUAUCCUCACUGCGAUCUAUGCUGUCUUCUACAUAUGUUUGGAUAACAAGUCUGGAGUUUUAGCUGCUCUGUUAUGUUUCUCUUGCUGGAUCGGCUCUAGCUUUCUCGCAGCUCGUUUAGGACAUUCCUUGACCUUGAAGGUUGGAGUAGCUUCUCAGCUCCUAUGCUGGACCGGUCAGUUCCUAGGUCACGGCUUGUUUGAGAAACGAGCUCCUGCGCUUCUAGACAAUCUGGUCCAAGCUUUUCUGAUGGGUCCUUACUUCGUGUUGCUCGAGGUGCUGCAGUCUGGUUUUGGAUACGAGCCAUACCCUGGAUUCAAAUCACGCGUUGACUGCAAGAUAGAGAAUGAUAUCAAGGAAUGGAGAGAAGAGAAACUGAAGAAGAAGAAGAAGCUUAUGUAAGCUCUAACAGGUAUACAGUACUAGAGUGAGUAUGAUUCAAAAAUGGUUAUUAAAGAAAGCAAAUGAUGUGUAAACUCAUGUAAGGCCCAAGCCCACUAAACAAUAGCGUAAGAAUGAGCUCAUUUGAUGA